UGGACACUUGUUGCCGGGUUGAUUUUGAGGAGUUUGCGCAACCGGCAGAGCUGUACAUCGGAGGUUGACGAGCGACGGAUAAGUGCAGAGUCAAUCAGUUUUGCCGAUUUUCCAAUUGAGGUACUUACUCUUACAACCUAAUCUCGUCUAGCACGGCACCUUGGCCAAGAUGCUUAUUGGAAUCUGUGGUGGCAUUUGUGCCGGCAAGAAGAGCGUUGCUCAAUACCUGGUCGAGCAUCAUGGCUUCAGAUUGCUCCGCCUGACGGACCCGGCCGCAACUCCACCCCGGGAUGAGGCUCCGGUCUCCAAACCUGCCCCGGUGCCGGAGCCCCGGCCAGAGCCGGAGCGAGCUGACUCUCAGUUCACCAACGGCAACAAUGCCUCCGGUUCUCAACAGCAGUCUUCUUCAAAGAACAAGAAGAAGAAGAACAGGGGAGGGGCAUCGGGCUCAUGCUUCAACUGCAACGAGAAAGGCCACACCAAGGCUGAAUGCCCUCAUCCUCAAUGGGCCCCUGAAGGGAGCAUAGAUACCGCCGUUGCUAUUAGCAGCAACGCCGACAGAGAGCCAAAACAACAGCAGCAGAAACCUGCGUCCUCUCCCGCUCCCCUGACUAUCUUGAGCGGACAACCGCGUACCAACGGUAUUCACUCUCACUAUCCCAACGAGCUCGUCUUCUCUUCCGCCGACGACCUCCUGGAAUACGUCACCACCCGCUGGCAAUCACGCUUCGUCACCACAGACGUCCACAACGAAGCCAUCCUUGAUGUCCUCUCCAGACGUCCCUUCUUCAUGCUCAUCUCCGUCGACGCUCCCUUGACAGUCCGCCACGCCCGCUUCCGCGCCCUCCACAACCCCCACUGCACCCUCGAGUCCUUCGCCCUCGCCUCAGACACCCACCUCUACGACCCAAAACAGGGCCUGCAACCGCUCAUCUCGCGCGCGACCGUCCGCCUCCUCAACACCUCCUCCUCCAUCGCGCACCUCUACGCCACGCUCGGCAAGCUCGACCUCGCCAACCCGGUCCGCCUCCGGCCUACCUGGGACGCCUACUUCAUGUCCCUGGCCGAGCUCGCCUCCCUACGCUCGAACUGCAUGAAGCGCCGCGUCGGGGCUGUCCUCGUCGGGCGCGAGAAACGCGUCAUCUCCACCGGCUACAACGGCACGCCCCGCGGCCUGCAGAACUGCUCCGACGGUGGCUGCUCCCGCUGCGACUCGGGCAACUCGUCUGGCGUCGGCCUGGCUACGUGCCUGUGCAUCCACGCCGAGGAGAAUGCUCUGCUGGAGGCUGGCCGGGAGCGUAUCCGCGAGGGCGCCGUGCUGUACUGUGAUACUUGCCCUUGCUUGACGUGUAGCAUCAAGAUCUGCCAGGUCGGUAUCGACGAGGUGGUGUAUGCUCAUGGAUACAGCAUGGAUACAGAGACGGCAGCUGUGUUCCGGCAAGCGGGUGUCAAGUUGAGGCAAUACAUUCCGCCUGCCAAUGGAUUGAUUCAUCUUGAAAAUUUAGAAAAGAUGGAGUUGUACUAGAAUCAUCAUCUUAUAGGAGCUUGGAGAGAACCUUGAUGGCUUAGACGGG